GCGGAUGCGUAGCAGCUGCGAGGACGCGGGCCGAGCCGGAAGCGGAGUGCGCUGCAGCGCCAGCUGGGCCGUUGGGCGGGGUUCGAGAGCGCGCGGAGUCGAGACCGGCGGCAGGGCCCGAGGGGCCCCUGGCCGCCAGCGGGCCGACCCGCAGCGUCCCUGGUCUCUCCAGCCCUCACUCGGAACCGCACACAGUGACAAGACCCUCCCCUCCCUUGGGCUGGACCCCUCUCUACAGCUAGGAGCCAAUGGCAGAAGACAGAACCAAACCCAGUGAGUUGGACCAAGGGAAGUAUGCUGAUGACAACGUGAAGAUCAUCUGCCUGGGAGACAGCGCAGUGGGCAAAUCCAAACUCAUGGAGAGAUUUCUCAUGGAUAGCUUUCAGCCACAGCAGCUGUCCACGUACGCCCUGACCCUGUACAAGCACACAGCCAUGGUAGAUGGCAAGACCAUCCUUGUGGACUUUUGGGACACGGCAGGCCAGGAGCGGUUCCAGAGCAUGCGUGCCUCCUACUACCACAAGGCCCACGCCUGCAUCAUGGUACGAGACGGGGGGGAGGUGGAUAAAGGCACUGGGCAAGUCUGGCCUGAGGGGUGAGGAGCCUGGCAGCCCUGGGCCCUUGU